AUGUUUAGAUCGAUCCUAGGGUCUGUUAGCCGCCGUUUAACUUCAGGACCAGUCUCGGCAUCUCAGCUUCUUACGCCAUAUGCCCAAUCUAUACAGCAUGCAAAACUUGGGCCAACUUCAUUGGUUUCUUCAUCAUUAUCACCAUCUUCUUCCACUUUCUCACAACUUCGGUACUCGUCAAUCAAUCAAAUCCAAUUUUACAAACAUUACGAUCCGGUGAAGAUCCGUCCCACACAAUCACCAGAUUUGGAGAAUAAUUGUUUUAAAAGAGGUGUCAUUUUACGUAUCAUGAUUUUGAAACCCAAAAAGCCAAAUUCAGCAUUGAGAAAAUGUGCAAGAGUCAGAUUGAGUAAUGGUAAAGUUAUCAGUGCAUUAAUCCCAGGAGAGGGCCACAAUUUGCAAGAGCAUCAUGUUGUAUUAGUACGCGGAGGAAGAGUUCAAGAUGUUCCUGGUGUCAAGUACCAUUUGGUAAGAGGAGCUUACGAUUUGGCAGGUGUAGCUAACAGAACCACAUCUAGGAGUAGAUAUGGUGUGAAGAAACCUAAGCAGUAA